UCUCGAUUGCUGUCAGUCGACUGGCAAACGCUGCACGCUUAACAACCUUAUUACUGAUUCGUUGCCUAAACUGAAUUUUAGUUUCCAUCACACGGAUCAACGUUUAACGAUGGAUUAAAUCCACUGAUUUCCCGUCAUUACCGGUCAUUCAAAGAUUUUACUGAAUGACAACGGACCUCCGGAAUUAACAUUUUUUUUACACCGGAAAAAUUCGAAUGAGUGCCGGACGUUGAGGUGAUACUAAUUGCGACAAAAAGAGAGGAAAAUUAAUGGACGCGAGAGGAUAUCGCAUUUAUUUUAAAACAGUAAUAAUAGAGUGAUUAUCGAAGGAGGUCAGUGCCCUGUAUCGUUCACAUAUUUAUUUUUCUACUGCUGACACUCCCCGUAACAGUCGUUGGAUCGGAAGCUUGUUCAUCAUUAAAAAAAAGUGAGAGCAUUUAUCUGCCAAGCGUGUCGCACGAAGAGACCACUUACUCGACAGCAUUACAAACUCGUUGGUGGCCUAGUUAAGUGCAUCGAACUUAUCCUGUAAAAAAAAUAACUAACAUAUCAACCACGCAAACAACCUCUGCAAUUUGAGACAAAAAAAAAACGACCGUUGGAAAAAUUGAAACUGUGAAAGUCCGAGAAAACAUUCAAUCUCUCGUGCAUUUUUGUUGUGUGAAAUAUAAAAAAUAUUUCUUCCUGCCGAUUGACUUGUUCUCAUCGACAAAAAGGGAAGGGCGGCUCCACUUGUUGGUGGAAUUAGCGAGGAAGUAGCGGUCAACAUUCCCUCGAUUAUGCGAAAGAUGACAGAGGUUCUGAAGAGCCGUGCGAUCAGCUGACUGAGAGAGUUGGUCCGCAAACGUGACGGAGUUUAUGACGCUAAUCACGGGGAGAAGAAUCCGAUAGGGCAUCACCAUCAGAGCUGCUCGGUCAUGACGUUCAGCACCUCCUUUCGCAGUGAUAAAACUGGAUUCCCUAAUCAGAACAUGCAUCGGCCGAGUACAGUAUCGGGUGAGGAAGAAAUGUUGAGUGGGGGUCUGGCAUCGAAAUUGAAAUGUCCCACCCCCAUAUCACGUCUGAGGGUGGAGAAAAUAGAGGGUGGUUUGAUGGUAGCUGGAGUCGUCAUCGCUGCAAAUUGUCAAAUCGCCCUUCCGGCAUUUGGAUUGCUCUUCAUGUUCGCUGGAGCUGUUCUCACUGCUGCCUCUUAUCGCGGACCUGGGGAAGAUGAGGACAAAGACUCUUAUGCUGCGAGGAUCGCCUUCACUGGGAAUUCUCGAAUUUUGGGGCCGAUCUGCAUCGCCAUCGGGCUAUUGAUGCUUGCCCUUGGUAUCCUACUCUGCAUGUUAACGAGACGUGCGAGAAGGAGAGAAAGAAGAGUGGGCUUCCAUUGUCCUCUCCACGGGGAUUUCUAUCCGUUGAGGCCGAUCCAAGGGAUUAGCAAGCUCGGUGUUUCUCAAAAAGAGGCGGGUCGCUGGCCAAAGAUUUCCUGCUUCAAAAACCGCUCCAGUGGUAGGUCUGGUACUAAUGGAUUUAUCGGCUCUCACGCGGGCCCACCCCAGUGCCCUCACUCGAUCUUGAGCAGCACGCGGAGCUCCCUCAGCAGUUCACCUCUCAGUCCGUGUCCAACACCAAUGCCAUUCCUCGUUACUUCCAACUCAGUCAGUGGCAUGGUACAGAGUGUGGGAGCGAAUAUGUCACCGGACCAGAGCUUUGGAUCGAUCCGAUCGCUCUCGGUGACCCGAGAGGUUGCUAGCUUCCCCCUCUCAAGAACACCUACGCCACCGCCUCAGCACAGGCCUCCAGUGGCUCUGAUAACCACGUCCGACGAUACAAAGAGCUCUCCACAUCAAGAGUCAUCACCGCGACCAGAAGUGCGCGUUAUAGCCCCAUCCCAUCGUGCAUCCUCCACCUUAACAACGAGCGCAUCCGGCGGAAGUCAAUCAUCUCGCAAAUCCGUUAGCAUUCUGUUACCAGAGGAGUCAGCAGGAUGACGCCAACAUGGCUUCAUCCAUCGAUGUGAUGAUAUGCCUCUGUCAAUGUGAACAACAAAGCACCAACAACAAAAAUUCAUGCCCCCAACAUGAAUAAUCGUGUCUGACUUACUCCCAACAUUUCUCCUUGCAAAAUUCAUCGAAAAAUAAUUACCAACAUCUCCUACUUGGAUCAACACAAAAAUUAAUAGGUAAAUCUGGAAAAGAAAAUCACAAACGAGGAAACCAUCUAGUUCUGGUACUGAGGAACAAAAUAAAUUUCAGUUCUCGAAUUGGGUACAAUAAAGGAACAAAACUAUAUCCCCUUAGAUUGACAAUAACCGAACGUUGGUAUUUCCAACUUUCGAUCGAAUGACACGUUUCAUUCCUUGUUUGUCUUUUCGAUCAAUGGUCGAGAAAUAACAUUGAUCAACGAUUCGUGACAAUAUUUCUCUCUUGGCUUUGUUCCGCUAUUUACUCAUCGAAUAAGAAACAGUAUUUGGAUUUCACCUAUUGCUCGCGUGCCGAGAUAAUUCCUCAAUUUUAUUCAAUUAUUUUUUUGGAUAUUUCGACAUGAGAAAGACACCCUAAAUACAUUCCAUGCUAUCAAGUGACAAUCAGAGGCAUUCGAACACUACGAAUCGUACGGAUACAAAGAGCUUCCUUAGUAUUUUCAAUUUACAUUUAAUUGUACGAUUAAUAAAUCGGAUUGAAAGUCAUGUGUAAUAAAUUCUGUACGAACUGUUACGAGGGAGACGAGUGGAGGACAUUUGUUCGUAGCAGUAAAACUUUAAUGGACUGAUAGUUAGAAAAUGAGACAGUAAAUUUCCCAAUUGGAAAAAUUUUGUAGCCAAAAGUCUCUCACAGAUUAUCUCGCAGAUAUUCCUGCAAAGCGUGUACCCAUCAAUUAAUGGAGGAAGAUUUUUUGUAGGUCAUUAAAUUGUCUACGAAAAGAAGUCUUCUGACAGUUACUCUUGAAAUCCCCUUUCAGAUAUGUCUGCAGCAUAAAUUGCACUUUACUACUGAAUUGAAAUCCACUUGUCAGACAUUCAGUGUUUGAAUAACCGAAAUUUACAAUUUAUUCAUAAUUAUGAAGAAAUACUCCAUAUUCUGUAUUAUGCUCAUUUUCUCUGCCCCACGGAUGAUGGACAUUUCAUAGAUAUUUCUUUUGAUGCAUUUAAUCGAUCCAUUUGAACAGGUGAAAUUGAAUAGGGAUUUCAUUGGAUUAUUGUUGUCUCUUUGGUGAAUCAUUAUUGAUACUUGGGGCAGGUGAAAUUAUUCAUUAAGAAUCUAGUCUUGUACAUAAAUGAUAUAAAAUAAUAAAGGACUGUUUGGGUGCAGGAUAAUGUUGAAGGUUCUCAUGAGACGAAGAAUGGACUCUGAGGAGAAGUAUCGAUAUCACGUAACGCAGAAAUAACCACCUUUAUUGCACCGUUAAUCAUGUUAUGAGAACUCUCCUGCACUCGUGAAAUACAUUUGAUACUUCUCUUCGGUUUUAAAAUAACGAGGUAAUGGAAAUUAUGAAAUGAGAGAUGAAAUCUAUCGAGGAUAAAGAAAAAAAUUGCGAAAUUUGUGGGACAAUAUCUAUGUUUCGAUAUAAAAAAAAGUUCAAUACUCCGAAAUUCCGUAGCUCAAUCGAUGGAUAAGUUCAGUCGAAUUUCUCGGGAAAAAAAUAUUAAAAAUUACAACUGAAAAAAAUCUCUGGAAUGAGAAAACGAAAGUUAAUCGUGUUUUUUCUAUUUAAAAGCUAAAAUUGUUGAAAUAAAAUCUCAGUGUUAUUAUCAAGUAAUGAAAUGCUGCAAAUUGUGUGCCAAAUUUAGGGGGAAUGGAGUGGGUUGUAAGCGAAGAUUGACAUGUGUAGAAUUGAUUGUAAUUAUAUCAAGGUCACGAACAAAACGAAUACAGUCAUUCUAAUCACCAUUUUAUGCAAUGAAUCCAAUAGAUUGGAGAAAGCCAAUCAAUCAGGGGUAUUUCAAUUUAUUCCCACCAGGAGAAACUUCAACUCGUUUUCAGUGAAAAUAACAACGAGUAAUCGUUGUGAGAGCUUAUCGAUCCUCACACCGGUGGUAUUAAUCCUCUCUCAUUUUUCUUCAUCAUUCGAAUUGAAACGAAUGAAGUACUCUACAAAUAUUUUUUAUCACGAAUUAAGGAAUAUUAAGUUCUUCGAUUUUUUAACGAGUUAUUUUCAAUAAGUUUGUGAUAGUACGUUUAGUAAGUUUUUAAAAGUAAGAUAUUGCGUAAGUGUUGAGUAAUCUUUCGUAUAAUACCAUCUUCAUGGGUAGAUGAUAGAUGAUAAGAGAGAAGAAAGAAGGAAAAGUAUUGAUUUUUCAUCACCUUUAAAUUGAUAAAACGACUCCAUUAAUUGAAAUUAAAUUAUAUUUAUAAUAUAAGUGAAAUCCAACUCAAAUAAAAUCUAGAAAUGACUUUAAUUGGUGAAACCCCUGACUUCUUCAUUUCAUUUAUGAUGGAAGUUGCAAAAUUUUCAACAGUCGUUGCUGUAAUUAAAGAUGAUGAAAAAUAUUCUCAUUUCCAGAAAGAUAAUCAGUAAAUUUGUAAUACAUUAAAUGCUAGGUACUUCCUUUAAUCGUUCCAACAAUAAGUAAUGGUGAAAAUUUUUUAAAAAAUCUGCAAUUUUUCUAAGAGGAGGUAAUUGAAAAACAAUAAAAGGCCUGUCACACACUCGACGUGUAAUCGUGGGCGUGUGUUUUUUUUAGCAUUUCGAUAACAAAAAUAAUCGAAAAAUCGUUGCAAUUAUUAAUUAAUUAUUACUAGUAUCGAAUCUAUCAUUGUAUCGUUACAACUUGGCUAUUAUUAUUGCAUGAAUGGAAUACGAAAACGUGUACUAUGUGUCGUAGCAUGGACUGCGUAAUUAUGAUAGAAAAUUUCCACUGGAACUAAAAAGGACGAAGUUAAGGGGGGACUGUGACGAAAUUUACGUUUUCGCCUGACCUUAAGAGCUAUUGGACGACCUUUGGCAUAUAAGGGGAUGCAUUAAAUUAUAAGGACAAUCACGGAAUUGAUUGACAGUGCCACCGAUGAAAAAUAGGCUGUAGAAGGAAUUUUUUUAAUAAAAACAUGGAAAAAUCAGAUUUUCGAUAAAGAUGGGGGGCAAAAUGGAAUAGACUUCAUUCUCUUAAUUUUUAAUUAUAUUUUCUAAUGCAUCAGAAGUUGUCCAAGGACUUUUAAGUCUCCCCGAAAAUGAAUAGUUCUCGUGUGAUGAAAUAUAUUACGAAAUAACAAGAACCGAUAAAAUUUCUAUACAUAUGAAGAUACUUGUGUAUGCUGUUGCUCGCUGAAUUAAAUACUCACCCUUCGCGAUCCCAUUGUCUUCAUUGUUCAUCCUAUGAAAAAAGGAGUGUACAAAAUCUGUAUACACCCACACAUUUUUUUCUUUCCAAUAAAUUCAAAUUAAAAUCAGGAUUGAUUGACAUAAAAACAGUCUUAACUACUGUGAGCACUGUAUUGUAGUAAUAAUAUCACUUUGUGUAUAAAUUUUUUUUAUAGUUAAAUGAAACAACAUAUUGAAAUUGAAAUUACCAUACUGCAUUAGCUAUGUAAUGAUUAAUCGAGUACAAUUCUCUACCGAAUUGUAAUUUGUAUUACAUCGUGAUAAAUAAAAUGCCGUAUUUGUCUGAAGGUACGACAAGUUUCUUCACUUAA